GCUCAGCCCGGCCGCCCGCGGGCACGGCUGCCUCGGGCGGCGGGGAUCAGCGCCGUCCCCUCCGGGAGACCGCUCUGCUCUGCUUCUUCUCCCGGGGAUCCUGGAAACAAGCCGGGCACCCGUCCCCAGACUGACCUUUCAAUAAACAGCUGCUUUCUGAACGCUCGGCCGAGCUCAUUUGUCCCUGCGCAGGCGGCGCUGAGGGCCCGGCUCCGCCCGGGCCCGCCCCGGGGCCGAGGCUGCGCGGCCGGGCCGGCACUGGCGGCCAUGGGGCGGCCGUGGGGUGGGUGGCUGCUGCCCGUCGGCCUCCUGCAGCUGCUGGGCCCUGCCGGCGCCUGCCCCUGCCGGGACCCGCGGCUGUGCCAGCCCGUCACGGGCUCCGCCGGCUCCGAGGUAUUCGUGUUUGAUGUGGGGAAGGAAGCCUGGAAGUCCUACGACUGGUCCAAAAUUACCACUGUGGCAGCUUUCGGAAAGUACGAUCCUGAGCUCAUGUGCUAUGCCCACUCCAAAGGCUCGAGGGUAGUACUGAAAGGUGAUGUACCUCUUCAGGAAAUUGUUGAUCCUGCUAAAAGAGCAGCCUGGAUAUCCCAGCAGGUGGACCUUGCAAAAAAGCAGUAUAUGGAUGGAAUUAACAUAGAUAUAGAGCAAGAAGUUAAUGAAACCUCCCCUGAGUAUUAUGCAUUGACAGAGCUUGUUAAAGAAACUACAGAUGCUUUUCACAGAGAAAUAGCUGGAUCACAGGUAACCUUUGAUGUGGCUUGGUCUCCAGCAUGCAUAGAUAAAAGGUGCUACAACUACACUGGGAUUGCAGACGCAUGUGACUUCUUAUUUGUGAUGUCAUAUGAUGAACAGAGCCAGAUCUGGACAGACUGUAUUGCAAAAGCCAAUGCUCCUUACCUGCAGACUUUAGUUGGAUAUGAAGAGUACAUCGCUAUGGGCAUUGAUCCUAAGAAGCUUGUGAUGGGUGUCCCCUGGUAUGGCUAUGACUAUGUCUGCCAAAACCUAUCCGUGGAGCACGUUUGUUCCCUUCCCAAGGUGCCUUUCCGUGGGGCUCCCUGCAGUGACGCUGCGGGGAGCCAGGUGCCCUAUGCAGCCAUCAUGAAGCAGGUGAACAGUUCUCUCUCAGGGGUGCUGUGGGAUGAGGUGCAGAAGGCUCCAUUUUAUGAGUACAAGGAUUCUGUUGGUCAAUUCCACCAGGUAUGGUUUGAUGACCCUCACAGCAUCUCUCUAAAAGCAGCAUAUGUGAAGAGUCGAGGCUUAAGGGGCAUUGGCAUGUGGAAUGGAAACAGUCUUGACUAUUCCAGGGAAACUGCAGCAGAGCAGCAAACACAAGCAAUGUGGCAAGCUCUGACACCAUAAGAACUGUGUGAACCCUUAGUUUAGAAUGAUGAAAAUUGGUAAUUUUUUAUUUUGGCUUACACUAUCACAGAUUUUGAAUUUAUACAAGUAUAUUGUGAUUACAAAAACUUUAAAAACUAGGCAAAUUAAUCUUGUUAUUUUAUAUGCAAAGCUGUAUUUUCAUUCUUCAGAAAGUUCUAUUGUUGCUUUGGAACAACAAUCCUUGCAUCAGCAGGUUUUUUUAAAGACUGCUCAUUUUUUUUAAUUUUUCACAGAUACUGUAACUGUGAAAUUGAACCCAGUGUGUAUCUGGUAACAAGACCAAUUGAUGGAUUUACAGGGGCAGUCUCAUAAUGAUGCUUUGCUAAAGCUGCCACAUACAGCAAAUACUUAUUCCUGUGUUACAUGGUGCAGUCUCAGUCUUCUGACUUCCCAACCCAAACAAUAUUUUAGCUAAGUCACUCUAGAAUCAGAUUAAGCAGAAUACUGGAGAGACAGAUUGUUGAUUAUAUGCAGUUUGGUUACUCUUGUAGAUUAAAAGAUUUUUGUGGACUGAAGAAAUUACAUGACAUGAAAGAGUUGCUGUUAAAAUUUUUAUCAAAGUUGUUGUUAGAAAGGAAUAUUCAAUUAGCUCCAGUUUCACUGUUCUUAUGUAUCACAUAUAUUCCUCUGUUUCAAAAGCUGAAAAUCUCUGACCUUAGCUUGAAGAAGAAGAAUUAAUGUGAAGAAGACUUGGAUGAUGUUUCCGACCAUUUCAAACUACUUUACUUCCUGAAAACUAGAAUUCAGAAGCUUAUUUAAUGAACUGCAUAUCUAUUUUCCCACACACCCUAAGAUUCAUUCAGUAGCUUGUUUUUUGUUUUUAUGGGGUGUUGCCUCUUAGAUAACAGGAGAUUGUUUUCUUUCUAGUUCAUAUUUUCAUAAAAUCAUUUGCCUAAAGAAGUUGUAUAACUUUUUUUAAUACCCAUAGUGAAGUAAAGAUUGGCUGGUGUUUACAGGUUUUUUUUGUUGAAUAAAAUGCUGCUCUUGGUAAGGCUUGUAAACAA